UCUUCGAAACUUUCGAGGGUUCUUCGUCAUUCCUACGUUUCACUUCCGAUUCCCACUAGCUUCGCUAUCUUUGCUCUGCAAUGAUGAGGUGUGUUUGGUAGCCAUCGUAUUUUUUGCCUGGAAGAUUAGCUGGUAAAGGAUUCGAUUCCUUUCGUGACAGGUGAGAAAUAGAAAUUGGCUGCUUUCUUUACACUUUCUCCCCUAAAGUUUUCUGAAGAGUGGGCUACGGUGUUGGGCAAUGAUUCAUCAGAAAUAAAAGAUCUAAUGCGAUCGUAGCUGUUUUAAAAAUCUUGUGACGAAAAUUACCUUUGGAAUUUGGCAAUGGCGGAGAAAUCAAAACCAAGUACCUUGACGGUUUAUCUCUAUGUCCCUAACAUUAUUGGUUAUAUAAGAGUGCUAUUGAAUUGCUACGCAUUUUCUGUAUGCUUCCAGAAUAAAUAUCUGUUUGCUGUUUUAUAUUUUGUCAGCUUUGUAUGUGAUGCGUUGGAUGGUUGGUUUGCACGCAAGUUAAAUCAAGUUUCGACAUUUGGUGCUGUUCUGGACAUGGUUACCGACAGGAUAAGCACUACUUGUUUGUUGGCCAUACUAUCCCAAGUUUAUAGGCCAGGGCUGAUAUUCCUGUCACUGCUAGCUUUAGAUAUUGCCAGCCAUUGGUUGCAAAUGUAUAGUUCCUUCCUUUCUGGGAAAUCUAGUCAUAAGGAUGUGAAAGAUAGCAGCAGUUGGCUAUUCAAGCUUUACUAUGGCAAUCGAAAAUUCAUGGGUUACUGCUGUGUAUCCUGUGAGGUUCUUUAUAUUCUUUUAUUUCUUCUAGCCAAAAAUCCAACAGAGAAUCUCACCGAAGUUUUGGUAAAUGCUGGUACAGAAAGCAUGCUUUAUUUGAGUUUACUUGCUGUAAGCAUCUUUGGGUGGGCGAUCAAGCAACUAGUUAAUGUUAUACAGAUGAAGACGGCUGCAGAUGCCUGUAUACUCUAUGACAUUGGCAAAAAGCAGUGAGACAAACAUGGUUAAGCACAUUUGCGAAUGCAUGGAAUCUGCGUUUGGUUUCAAUGGUUGAACACGUAUCAUUUGCACCCAUAGCUGAACAAGGUUUGGUUUCUUUCAGUGGAGGAUCAUCACUGAACUUGAUGUUAAAGUUGAAGGGGAUAACCUCCCCUUCAACAAACUCUUAACUUGUCGGCAUGUUUUCAGUCAUAGCCUCUUGGACACUGUAAGUGUGAUUCACCUUCCUCAGCAUUACUUUUUUGGUGUGUUGGAUUUUAUUUUCGUCGAUUUUUGUACAAAAUAUUUGUGGGGUUUUAUUUUGGUGGUUUUGAUA